AUUUAGGUAGUUGGCAACAAUUUUUAUUUGUCGUCAUCACAACUUUGGGAGUUCGGUUCUUGUCUGAUGUCAAGACGACGCGUGGUUGUAAAAUCCUUUUAAUUUUCGAAAUCAUGUAUUUUUCACUUAUUUUAGUUGUUUGUUCAAGCUUUGUUAGUAGUGGAUAUGGAGAACUAGUUAAUGCAAAAUUAGAUCGUAAUAUAGAUAUUGCAUCUCAAUUAGUGAAGGUGCUGAUGAAAUUAACGAUUGAAAACACCGGAAAGUCGCCGGUAUCUACAUUUUUAUAUGCUCUAGAACCAGAUACAAAACCCCAUUUAGCAUUUUUUGGAGCAUCUCAAAUCCACGAAGAAGGUAAAGUUCUCUUGAAGACGGAAGAAGUAUCUCGUCAACAGAGCCCUCAUAAGGACAAAGAUCUCAUCAAGAUUCAUUUCAAGAACCCUCUGCAGCCAGGAAAGUCUACUGUAGUUCGCCUUGAGAAAGUUCUCACCCAUUACUUAGUCCCUUACCCUUCUAGCAUUUCCCAGUCUGAUAAGCAGCUGAUUAUGUAUCAUGGUAGCCAUUAUUAUUACAGUCCUUACCUCACUAAAACUCAAACAACUGUUGUGACUCUUCCAUCAAGUUCUGUUGAAUCUUUCACAAAAUUGAAGCCUUUAGCUCACAGUGAUAAUCUCAUCACUUUUGGUUCUUAUGAUAAUAUUGCUCCAUUUAGUGUAAGCAAAUUGACUAUUCAUUGUGAAAAUAACAGUCCUUUCCUGUCAGUAAGUAAUUUAAAUAGAGCUAUCGAAGUUUCACAUUGGGGUGUUAUAUCAGUGGAAGAAACAAUAGAUAUUACUCACACUGGAGCAACUCUAAAAGGACCCUUUUCUCGUUAUGAAUUUCAACGUGACCAAAGUGGAAUUGCCUCUGUUAAGUCCUUCAAGACUGUUCUGCCAGCAUCUGCUAGUGAUGUCUAUUAUCGUGAUGAGAUUGGAAACAUUUCUACUAGUCAUCUUAAAGUCUUAGAAGAUUCAACUGAAGUGGAAUUACGUCCACGAUUUCCAUUGUUUGGUGGCUGGAAAACUCAUUAUGUUCUAGGCUACUAUGUACCUACUUAUGAAUAUUUAUUUAAUAGUGGUGAUCAGUAUGUUUUGAAGCUGCGUUUUGUUGAUCAUGUGUUUGAUGACAGUAUAGUAGAUAAAUCUACUGUUCGUGUGAUUUUACCUGAAGGAAGCAAAAAUAUUCAGCUAAAGAUGCCUUAUAAUGUGAAACGUCUAUCAGAUGAAUUACAUUUCACCUAUUUAGACACUGUAGGGAGACCAGUAAUUGUGUUGCAAAAAGAUAAUUUAGUUGAACAUCACAUUCAAGACUUUGAAGUUCAUUAUGAAUAUCAGAAAAUUUUGAUGCUUCAAGAGCCAUUUUUAGUCGUUAGUGCUUUGUAUUUGUUGUUUAUUGUUGUCAUUAUCUAUGUCAGAUUGGAUUUCAGCAUCACAAGGGAUCCAUUAAAGGAAAGCAAACUGCGAGUGUCGGGCUUUAUUGAAGCUGUUCAUCACCACUGUGACAAUAGAAUGAAAAUUUAUAGCAAGUUUGAUGAGGCACUCUCUAAAUUCAAACACAGUAAAGAUCUUAACAACUACCAGAAUGUUGUUAAAAAGUUGAACAAUGACCAUAAAACAGAGACUCAGGGCAUUAAUGACCUUAACACAAGACUUAAGCAGGAAGGAUCUGAUGUCACAGAUAAGAUUGGUGAGCUCCAACGCUGUGACAAAGCUUUCAAAGACCAGCUUCAGCAACAAUCUGUAUUGGUAGAAAAAUUAGUUGCUAACAAAGUCAGCAAACAGCAGUACCUCGAUUCUGAUGCUGCUAUCAUUAAAAAGAAAGAAGAAACUAUUGAGAAGAUGAAUGCCAUCUUGUGUACAUUGUAAACAAAUGCCUCACAUGAACAUUUUCAUUUGGUUGCUUCUUUAUCCUUACUUAAAUUCAUUCCAUGUUGAUCAAAAUGAGAAGAAAUGUGUUUGAGUCAUUAUCUUUGUAAGGGUGCAAAAACUAAAUAAAUAAAGUUUUUUUGUUUCUUUGUAA